AUGAGUAGUAAGUUUCAGUCUGGCCAAGUUGAAGAUAGAGGGGUAUAUACUUUUCAUGUGAACGGAGAGUUAUGCCAUCACAUUGGAAAUUUACAACCCGAUUUAGACGAAGGUGCUAGAUUUGCACAAAUUUAUUUCUUGGAUGAUGGUUUACAAACAAAUCAUCGUAUGGAGAUUUUUGAUGAUCUUCAUCGUGAUAUUGUUAACAACAUUCAAGAAGUUUUAGAAUCCAUAAAUGCGUUGGUUCGUGGUUUUAAGUCUUCGCGUGAUGUUCUUCAAAGGGGACAAAACAUGGGACUUCGUAUCUCCGGUGAGGUUCCUUUUGGUGAACAUCCCCGUCGAUAUAAUCGCCAAGUAGUUCCAGAAGUUGCUGCUGUUGUUCUUGACGAACAAUACAUGAAUUUUGAGUGCUAUCAGGGGGUCGUAGAUGCUUUGCAGGAAGACAAUGGAGCACGCAUUGGGUGUCGCAUUGUCUUACCUGCAACAUUCAUUGGUUCCCCCCGAUACAUGCAAAAACUCUUUCAUGAUAGUAUGGUUUUGGUUAGAGUUUUAGGAAAACCUGAUUUGUUUGUGACAAUGACAUAUAAUCCGACCUGGCCUGAGAUUCUUGAUGAGCUUGAGCCAGGUCAAAGUCCUCCUGAUCGUCCAGAUAUUGUUGUGCGUAUUUUUGAGCUCAAGUUAAGAGCAUUGAUGGAUGAGAUUACGAAGAAGAAUGUCAUGGGAGAGACAAUUGCUUUUUGUUACACUAUUGAGUUUCAAAAACGUGGUCUUCCUCAUGCACACAUUCUUCUUUGGUUGAAAGACAAGGUCAAUGACUGUGACCUUGUAGAUAGGAUAGUAUGUGCGGAGAUUCCCGAUUUAGAUAGACAACCGCAAUUGUAUGCCGCGGUUGCCAAGCACAUGAUGCAUGGACCAUGUGGUUUUGACAAUCCCAAUUGUCCAUGCAUGAAAGACGAUAGAUGUACAAAGAAAUAUCCGAUGCAAGCUCAAGAUACUACCGAGGUGGAUGAAACAGAUGAAGUGGUAGAUGAGAUUAAGGAUUUCUUGGAGGGUCGUUAUGUGGCCGCCCAAGAAGCAUGUUGGAGGCUCUUUGGUUUUGAAACUAAUAAUAAGAGCCAUAGUAUUUGUCGUUUGCCUGUUCACCUUCCCGGUCAGCAAUAUGUUACUUUUAAGGAAGGAACAUCUUUGCACUCGGUGAUUGAUCAAAAUGCUGAGACUAAACUCACUAAGUUUUUUGAGCUUAAUUGCCAUAUUCGUGCCUUAAUUGCUUCUGGCAAUCAAGGCAACCAUAUACUUCUUCGUUACAUGGAUCUUCCACUCUAUUACAAGUGGGAUGUGAAGAAUAACAUGUGGGAAAGAAGAGUACGUAAGAUAAAAGUUUUUGGUCGGAUAAACAUGGUUCCCAUAGGUAACAAAGUAUUUUACUUGCGUUUGUUGUUGACUCAUGUCGAGGCACCAACUUCAUUUGAAGACCUACUUUGUUUUCAUGAUAUAGUGCAUCCAACGUACAAGGCCGCUUGUAUUGCAAGAGGACUUUUACAAGAUGAUUCUGAAUGGGAAAAUUGUCUGCAAGAGGCAACUGUCAUUGCGUUGCCUAAACAAGUUCGGCGGUUGUUUGCAACACUUCUUGUGUUUGGACAACCGCUAGAUCCUCUUAGCUUACUAAAGACACAUCUUGAUGCUAUGUCUGAUGAUUGGCGCAAUGAUCAAAAUCGCUAUUGCAAAGUAAUUUUGUCCAUUGAAGAAUAUUUGUCAUCAUCAGACAAACAUCUUACAGAUUUUUUUAAUAUCGAAGAAUUGAAUGAGUUUGGUUAUUCAAACAUUAUUGAUGUUGGCGGUGAUUCCGAUGACAAUAUUGAUUUUGAUAACCAAAACAUUACUUUUCUAGAGGAGGAUGUAGGUAGGCUCAACGAAGAACAAUACAUUGUUUUUAAUGCGGUGACCACUGCCGUUUUAAAUUCUAAUUCUCCAGAUCGGCUUUUCUUUUUAGAUGGUCCUGGUGGUACAGGUAAGACCUUUUUGUAUAACACCAUAUUGGGUUAUCUUCGUGGUCGUAAUGUCAAGUGUAUGGCAAUGGCAACAAGUGGAAUUGCCGCAUGCCUUUUGAAUGAAGGGCGAACGGCACAUUCAGCUCUUGCUAUUCCUUUACAGUUGCACAAUGCAUCAAUUUGUAACAUUAGUACCCAGUCUACAUUAGAUCAAAGCUUACGUGAAGUACAAUUGAUUGUACUUGAUGAAGCUUGUACUGGGCAUCGUUUUAUGUUUGAAGCUAUAGACAGAUCAUUGCGAGAUAUAUGCAAUAUAGAUAGUCCAAAUGGUGGUGUUGUAGUAUUAUAUGGCGGUGAUUUUCGCCAAACUUUGCCUGUAGUUGUACGUGGAGGUCGCAAGCAAACUGUUCAAGCUUGCUUGCGACAUUCAUACCUAUUUCCACUAAUGCAAUAUUUUCAUUUGACCACUAACAUGCGUUUGCAAAGUCAACCGGACUUUCAACGAUUUUUGUUAGAUAUUGGUGAGGGCAAAACCUGUCCAAAGGUAGAUUUACCGCUAGGAUUAGUUGCUCCUAGAAAUUCUUUAGAUGGUCUCAUUGAUGCUAUUUUUGAUGAUCCGGUUGAUUUUUCUGAGCGCGUCAUUUUGGCUGUCCGGAAUGAUGAUGCCCAAGAAAUCAACCGAAAAAUCACCGAUCGUAUACCUGGUGAUGUGCAUCAAUGUUUUAGUGCUGAUUUUGUUCACGAGAAUGAUGAACAUGCCCAUCAUUACCUAGUAGAGUUUUUGAAUUCUUUACAAUUGAGAGUUGCAGUGUACGUGACAGUGGUGGCUGCAGACAGAGGAAGAGACAUUAAGAAACUUGGCCAUGGUCACAUGAAUUUAUGA